AUGGACGGCACCCACGGAAAGGAGGUGGAGGAAGAGACCAUGAACCAAGCGCUCAUGGCCAGUAAAGCAAAGAGUGUAGCGGCAGGGUCUGGGGAAUCCUCCCGGCCUAUCACUGAGAUCCCAAGCCAGAAGCUAUCUGUGAACUUGACUGACGCUCGCAAUGCCAUGCAUGCCCGCAUCAUCGCGGUCGGUCUGUUCAUGUCCGUGCUGAUGAUCAACUGGUGCCAGGUGACAGAUACUAUGAAGAAGAUCUGGAAGGGGAGGGGAGAUGUCAAUGUUACUCCGCUUCCAGGCAGGCGCUUCAUCCUGGAAUUCGCCGUCGAGGGAGACAUGCGACAUGCCAUCCGCGGAGGUCCCUGGAGAUACAGGGGCGAUGCCUUCCUCGUCACCAAGCUGGAGGUGGGUAUGGAGCCAUCACUAAUCCAGUUCAGUACGGUACCAAUCUGGGUCCAGUUCCACAAAAUCCCCAUCUACAUGCUCUCCAAGAAUCUCGCUAAACAGCUGGGCGAGAAGGUGGCUGAUGUCCUCCUGGUGGAUGUCAACUCUCAUGGAAAUGAAGACAUUGUAAAGCAGCCCUCAAAUGAUAGGCUGCUGCUAGAAGCUUGUAGUACUUCAUUGUACAUCCCAGAAAAUGUAACAGAUGAAGGAAAAAAAGACAACAGGCAGAUAGGGAACAGGUCUGACCCGACGUGUGCUCCUGUCCAAGAUGCGGGCAUGGCCGAGGUCAACCAGAUAGCCACCAUGACACUGAUGAAGAGUUCAGACACCAGUGCUCCGAUACAAGCUGACACUACACCACGCAUCCAAAAUCUGCAGCACAGAAAAUUGCUGGAAAAUGGGUCAGGAAUGCAGGAACCAGUGACAAAUUCUGAAGAAAGGAAGUCAACAGGGGAAGAAGAAAAUGAGGAAGGAGGUGGUUCGGAAGCUACCGGGCCUGGGGCUCCCUGUCAACUGACAGGUCUAAAUAAUGUUUUAGUUUUACCAGGGAAAGGUAAGGGUGGUGGGCUUGCCUUGUUCUGGGAUGACAAUAUUUCAGUAGAGCUAAAAAAGAUAGAGCCUCACUUCAUUGAUGUAAACAUUGUCCUUCCGCCCUUUGCAAUAAAAUGGAGAUGCACCUUUGUCUAUGGUGAAGCUCGUGUUCAGGAUAGGCACCUUAUGUGUGAAUUACUAAAAAGGAUUAAGCCUCUUGGCUCUGGUCCUUGGCUGAUGAUGGGUGAUUUUAAUGAAACUAUGUGGCAACAUGAACAUUUUUCAGCAUCUCGCAGGGGAGAAAAACAGAUGAGGGAUUUCAGAGAUGUUUUGUCUGAAUGCAACCUCCAUGACUUGGGUUACCAUGGGCUACCCUGGACUUAUGAUAACAAGCGGGAUGGAUCAAAAAAUGUAAAGAGCCGAAUCGAUAGGGUUGUUGCUUGCCCAACAUGGUCUAAUGCAUUCCCAGAAGCGUCACUACAGCAUAUUGCAAGUUUUCGAUCUGAUCACCUACCCAUUUUGCUUAACCUGUUCAACAUAGAGAAUAUUAGAACAGUAAAGCAAUGCCAUAAAUAUGAAGCUUACUGGGAAAGAGAGCCAAGCAUGAAUGACACUGUUAAAAAGGCAUGGCUGAAACAGGAAGGAAAUGAACGUCUAGGCCAAAUUGCUUCAAAACUUCAAGGGGUCAUGUCAGACCUGAGAACCUGGAGCAAAAAAACUAUUGUAUCUAUGUCGAAGAAAGUGGAUAAAUAUAGGAAAAGACCGGAGAAACUGGCACACAGUACAGAUCCUACUGACAACAUAGAAAGGAAAAAAUUGACAGCAGAAUUGGAAGAGCUCUUGCUUAAAGAAGCGAGAGUAAACGAUGACAUGAAUUUUUCUCUGUGCAAAAUAUUCAUAGAUGAGGAAAUCAGUGAUGCCUUAUUUCAAAUAAGUCCCCUAAAAGCUUCUGGACCUGACUGA